GUUCAAUCCCAUCAAUUUUGUCACGAAUCCAUCAGCUCCAAUGUUUUAUACCUACACAAUGUCCUCAACUCGGCGGAUAGUCUCACUUCAGAUAAUGCACACCCCAAGUGCAGGGGCCUUAAAGCGAUAUAUGCCCAUUUCAGGUGAGCGAAUAGCAGCGCAACUAAGGAAUGGCAGAGGCUGCAUGAGUACCAGUUCAAAGGCCCAAAGCAAUUUUCAGCUGAGGUUUCUCAAGUUUGCUUUUUGCACAUGUGUCUCAUUUGAUUGGUGCGUGUGAAAGGGGUCCAAUACGAAGCUCGCUAGCGAUCCUUGUCGCUACUCACUAGUCGAGUCACAGUCCCACUAACCAUGGGCAUUCCACUUCGCAUCCGAACCAUCAGUUCUCGGAAGGCCGUGGUACCCUUGCGACAGUCGAUUUUCGUAUAUGAUGUAUUGAUUUUAGACACAUUUAAAAUCCUGAACCAUGGCUCAACAGCCCUCUCGCCACGUUCAGGAAUGGAUCAAGCAGCAACACGCCGAAGCGGAGGAUGCUUCCCGGAAAUUGCGUAAAGCAAAGUCAAAACCUCGAAGUUCGCUCGAGGAUGCUCUCCGCCAUGAGCCGGGCACACACGCCUGGGUCCCAGAGCAGAUCCCGUUACCCGAAUCCAGUGACGGGACAUCCAUCUCCAGUAGCACCGCGGAAGGCUCCGGCGGAUAUGAAGACCGGGGUGGAAAUACAGCGCGGCGUUCACUGCAUAUGGUCGACCGACACGACACCUUCAUUCCACCGGCCUCAAUUCCGCUGCCGGAAUCACGGCCCCCCUCGCUAGUGGAGGGGCGCUUGUCGCAGCAGGUGGCGACGAGGCCGAGACAGAAGCCCCGGUCGCAGUCGCAAUCGCAGUCGCAGUCAUAUCAGCCUUAUGAUCGGGUUCUCACUCGCGCGGCAGGCGUGUUCGACCACAUCAAAAAUGGCAAUAUACGUACAGAACCCCGCUUACGGAAUACCUCUAUUACACUGUAUGAGUAUCACGGUGAUGGCUUGGUGACGCGCGUAGGGUUAGAAGAUCCGGACUCAGUCUCCGAUUUCCGGGAUGUGUCAGAGGGGUUAAGAAGGCGCGUCUUUCUUAUCGAGGAUCUCUCCGUGAGAGCAAUUCACUGUUUUGGAGAGACGUUUGGGAUUACACCAGAAUUCUUCGAGGAGCAUCUGCUUAAUUCUGGAUGGAGCGGAGCAAAGUACGAUGAUCCCCCGGCACAGUCGUGGACAACAGCCAGACUGCCGAAGUCUUAUACUUCGAUUCAGUGGUUCCGGCCUGUGUAUCGACGACUUCCUAUUUUUUCGAGUCGCGACCGUAAAGACCUGCUUGAUGUGGAUAAUGAUGGGCUCAAGUAUACUUCGGGGGGUUCGCCGGUUAGUAUCCGGGCAGAGACGAAUAUCUUCCGUUCAGAGUGGGAUCUGCGCAUGGAUCCUCGAGGCACAAUGAACGAUAUGGGGAAGUUUGGCUUAGUGGAACGAGCGUCAAUCUGGAGAAGGUAUGACGAGAACAGGGGAUAUGAGAUCGCUGUUGUACUGCUUGACCCUUUACCGAAGAUUAGUGUUGGUCAUGACAUAACAUUGCGAGUUCAGGAAAGCGAUGCUAUUACAGAUGAUGGCGACAUCCUGAGCGAUGAUGAAGAUCAUGACAACGGCAAUAACGAUGGAACGAGGACUCAGCCAAUAAUAAUAAUAGACGGCGAUGAUACAGUCGAGCGACUAGAGAUUCCGAUCGAGAACCCGCGGCGAGAAACGGAACGACGACCAGUGCUAGGCUGGCUACACAGACGGCGCAAGCCCAAGAUCAGCGAGGAAACAGUCAAUGUUAAGACAAGCCUCCAGGUACUAGUCAAGCAGAUGGCCCCUCGCAGGUCCAUCACCAUUGAUCUAGAGGAGGCAUUCUUUGCAUACGACGAGUCCAAUGUGGGCACCCUUCAAAAGGAGCUCACCGAGACUAGAUCCACGCGCCAGGAGUUUGCUGAGAUAAUGGAUAGACAGGGUAUAGAGGUCAGUCUACUUGACAUGCUGUUCGGGAUUAUCCGAAAAGACACGUCAACCUUGCUCCAGGUGCUGGGCCAGAUCUUGAGUGACAUGGAUACCGAUCUUCUCGAUGACACCAAAAUGGAAGAUCGGCUAGCUUUAUGGCGUCAACUCAUCAAGAAGGCAGAAAAAGAGCUCACCGAACUAAAGACUUCAACCAAGAGCUUCCUGGGUUAUUUCGGUAUUACGCACAUACCAGAUACGCCUUCAAUCGCCUUGGAUGACAAUGAUAUCAGCAGCGACGUAUCAGAUCUCUUCCAGGAAAUUGACAAGAUGUUAGACCGGCUCCGUCGUGGAUCUGCGGCAUUGACGUCCAACAUGGGCCUUCUCGACAGUCGACGCUCGAUCGAUGAGGCUCACGCCGUAACUAGACUCACCGAGCUGGCCUUCCUCUUCAUCCCUUUAUCAUUCUCUACGUCCAUAUUUGGGAUGCAAAUCAAGCCAUUCGAAGACUCGGUCCCGUUAUGGAACUUCCUCGUCGUGGCGAUUUCUGUGACGACAUUUGCGUACUUAAUGCGCCUGACUAUGCGCAGCCAGUGGCUCUCCAACGUGAAGCAGAGUGUUAAGCUCGAUGUUAGACGGUACGCGGAGCAGCACAGUCUCCCUGUGCAGGUCCGGUCUCUAUCGAUGCUUUUGCUCCUCCAGUGGUCUGGGAGCGUCGUCAAACGCAGCAGUAAGUUCACCUCGGUGUGGAUAACACGACACAGUCGCAGGGCUGGUGUGCGGUUAUGGGAGGUCGUUGGAUUCCCAAUCAGCUUGGUUACGCUUGUCGGCCUUGUUGCAGUCGUACCACUUUCUGUCUUGUGGACUCGAAACCUCGAUCACGGUGUGCAGACCACGGUUACUAUUCCUAUCCUUAUUGCAAUUGUGGUUCUCGUCGGGAUUCCAUACUGGAGAAAUUCGGAGCCCGAGUUUCGAAGCGCAUUUCCAGUGCUCAUAAUGGGUUUGCUCAAGCGCAUCCCGCGCACCACCCGGUUCCUCCUUCUUGGUGGCCUUGGGAUCGCGGCUUUGUUCAUCGUUCCACUAGCGCUCAUAUGGACGCGACCGUUGGCAACGGGGAUUAAAGCUGGUCUUACCACAGCCAUUGUAAUCAUUCUGCUCUUGGGCGCUGCCAUCCUCUCCAUGGGGCUACUCUUUUCUGGAACCUCCCGAUAUGCGCGAGGGAGUGCUUCCGACGAGACGGACCGGUCCUCAGAACCUUACCUUGAUCCCAGUUAACUACGCUCGUUGUGGCCAGAUCCUACAACCAGAAGUUAUUCUAUGUUUCAACAUCGCCGCCGUGUUGCUAAAUAAACUAAUCAUAUUUUGACAACCCAACUUUCCCAAUAGGUACAUGCCACCCGAGGGGUCCGCUUAAUCAAAAUAAGCCCAAUGU